CUUGCCAUCCAACAUCCACGCCCCGGGUCAUGAUUCGAUAACACACAUCUCACUCUCAUCAUGCUUCCCCUCGGCCUGCUCAAUGCAGCGCAAGGCCAUCCGAUGCUCGUCGAGCUCAAGAACGGCGAGACACUAAACGGCCACCUCGUCAACUGCGACACCUACAUGAACCUCACCCUGAAGGAAGUCGUGCAGACCAGCCCAGACGGCGACAAGUUCUUCCGCUUACCCGAAUGCUACGUGCGAGGGAACAAUAUCAAAUACCUGCGGGUACCGGACGAGAUUGUAGACCUGGUCAAGGACCAGCAACAACAGCAGCAGCAUUCGCAUCGCGGUGGUCGUGGCGGUGGACAGCAAAGAGGUGAUCAUGGCGGAAGAGGCGGCAGAGGUGGGCGCGGGGGCGAUAGAGGUGGGCGAGGUCGUGGCAGAGGAAGAGGCGGUUAGGAACGCGCUUGCGAUUGGAAUAAUCUCGAUGACCCUGCACGGCUUGCGGCCAUACGAUCGAUCAUGUUGGGUCAGACUCGGCGUGGUGCAGGAGGCGACAGGCUACACGACCCCACCAGUCACACGCCUGGCAGCUGAGAAGGCAUGUUUCUUGACGCACAGUGGGCUACCGUGCGACUAGCAAUGUCGAAAGAUUCGCCGCCGCGCCUUGCAUUCAGCUGGGGCGUCAAGCAGAAUUGCAUUGAUACGCUCCACAGUCUAUGAACCUAGAAUGACUCUUUUGGCCUCUACCACUUCCUGCUGUUUCUUCUAUCAGCGGCCAUUGCGAUCCUGCUUCACUCUGUGAAUACUCAGAAUGGCAUGAGCCCCUGGCCCGACAAUGGACAUCAGUAGAACAUGUUGAAAGCCAGUGAAUGCAUCCCGUCUUCUAAUGAAAUUGUCUGCCUGAGGUGUCCACAGCCGGACUUCUCAAACUCCA